AUGUGGCGCUACCUUAUUUGGGCAGCAGUCUUGCAAUCUCUGACCUCCGGUGAAGUUCAUUUCGAGCAGAACGUUGAGGAGAAUCUCCUCACGGUGGUUCCCUGCGUGAGGCGACUAUGUGAGAAGUACUUCAAAUCGGAACGCGCCAUGAAGGGUUCGCUGGCGAUCAUCAACAUCAAACCGGACACGUCUCUGUUCCAGUUGAACAUCUUGAAAUCGUUCAACGAAGAUCCGCGGCACGAGAUGGGAGUCAUGGUUAAGGACGGCCGGAAGAAGCAUCAGAACGCGUCGCACGUGACGGAAAAGGCCAAGAACUACCUGCUGAUGGUGAGUGACUCGUCCGAGCUGGACCCUCCGAUCAAUCAGUUGAGGAGGUUGCCCACGUGGAAUCCGUUGGCACAGGUUGUGGUGCUGUUUACCUCGGAGAUGACGCCGUUGAUUUUUGAGAUUGAAGUUCGCAAUGCGUUGCAGAAGUUGUUCGAGAACUCGGUGUUGAACUCGAAUGUGAUGGUUCAGAGGUUUGGAACGAGCGUCCUGGAGGUGUGGACUUGGUUUCCAUACGAGAAUGGAGGAUGUGCGGAUGACAUUGUGAAUAUAAGGUUGAUCGACGAGUGCGAGUACGCCGAAAUUCCGGUAGAGAGUGUGGAACAAGCUGAGAAUUCUGGAUUUGUAGAUCCGGAACUUGAAUACAUGAAUGGCACAUUCGCAAAUAGUUCUUUCGCGAAUCAAAAUGACUUUAGUGGCGUGGACGAAGUAACACUGACUCCCCAGGAAACCGUAUGGAUGUUUCGGGAGAAGCAUUUCUUCGCGGACUAUGGACCGAAGAUCCCGAAGGACUACAACAACUGUCCGCUGAAGGUGUCCACCCCCAUCUGGGAACCGUUCGUAGUAGGCAACGAAACAUCCAUCGAGAAGGGCUUGGAAGUGCUGAUGAUCGAAGCGAUCACGGCCCGAAUGAAGCUCACUCCGGUUUACAAGAUCAUCGAACCGGAGAGGGCAACGGCAAGGAUCACGGCCGACAACAUCACCGGGUUCUACGCGGAUCUGAUCAAGAGGCGUACGGACGUCAUGAUCGGUGGUCUGUACGAGAAUCCGAUCAGUCGGAAGCUGCUUUCGUCUACCAUCCCGUACUACCAAGAUGAUCUGACGUGGUGCGUUCCAACGGCCCGGCACGCCCCGAAGUGGCUCAACGUGUUCAUCAUCUUCAACAUCUGGACGUGGCUUAUAGCGAUCGUGAUCGUGUUCUUCGCCGCGGGCAUCAUCUACUGUUUCAACCACGUGGAGAAAGGCUAUCCGGAGAACUACACCUGGAUGGCGCUGCAGUCCUUGGCUCUGUCCUUAAGCGUCUACGCUCACUACUGGCCAAAAAGAUUCUCCGUACGAUUGUUUCUGGUGGGAUACAUGUUCUACGGAAUUCACUGGAGCGCCGCCUACCACAGUUUCCUCAUAUCGGUUCUCACUCGGCCACGGUUCGAGACUCAAGUGGCAACCGUGGAAACGGCGAUCGAGCAGGACUUCCGAUUCGCCGGAGCGGAGAAUACCUUGGUGUUCUUCGAUAGACCGGAUUCCAUUUCGAAGCACAUCGCGGCGGUCUAUCAGACCUGUCCCAAUAUGGACGACUGUCUGGCGCGAUUGCAUUCGGAACGAACGGUUGCGGUGGCCAUUUCGCGAGCACACUCACAUAACAGUAAGAGCAUUGGUGAAGCUGAGAUUUUCUGUUUCGCAAGGACGGAUAACAUCCAGACUUAUUCGGUGGGCAUGAUGGUGAAGAAGGAUUUCCACUUGUUGCCGAAGAUCAACGACCUGAUCAGGAGGAUCAGCGAGUCAGGGUUGUUGGGAAAGUGGCAGGUGGAGAGUGAUAAAAUUCGAAUCGACGAAGACUUGGACGAAGGAGGCGGUGGUGGAGACGGUGGUCAUGGUGAUGGACAAAUUGUUUUGAAGGUCGAGCACAUCGAAGGUGCGUUUAUCCUAGGAGCCGUUGGAUUGGGUCUAGCAACGAUUUCAUUCAUAGUGGAGGUGGUUUACUUUAAGCUGAAGCAAAAAUAUAAGUGGGAUGACACUACUUUUAGUAAUUUGAUAUGCUAGGCACAUCAAUUUGAUCUAAUUCUAUUCGACUACUUACUUACGCAUUUUUUUCCAUAACGCACAAAAAGGAGACCUUCAAACCACUUAAGAGCAGCUGUGUAAUUUGCAGACGAAAAGAGUAACAGCACAAAUAGCGGAUAUUCACACCGGUAGUAGGUAGCGCAGUCAGUGGUAGACAUCCAGAAGCCAAUGUAUAGUGGAAAAUUGCUCGAUUUAAUUGACGAUAAUAAAAGAUAAUUUGA